CACUCCACUUCAUAAAAAAGCAUUCCCACCUGCAGCCAUGACUUGCUCUAGGAGAAAGGCUCUUGGUAACAAAGCAAUCACUACAUCUGCAGCCGUGUCUCACCCUGGGGGAAAGGCUCUUGGUAAAAAAGUAAACACUGUACCUGAAGGCACACAUCUGAGAAGGGCUCUUGGAAAGGUGAAUACAGCUACGGGAGUCAUGAGCAAGAUGCCUGAGAUAAAGCAGGAAAAGCAGCCUCGCACUGCAGUCAAAACUGAUGAAAAGACUGAAUUAGACAGCUGUACUUCACAGCCUGACAAAGAUUUGGGAGAGUGUAAAGAAGAUUGUGCUGAGUCUGAAGAAGAUUGGCCAGAAGUAGAAAACAUGUUUCAUUUUGAUCCUCAAGACUUUGAUAACUUCGACGUUCCUGAGGAGUGCAAACUGAGCAAUCUCGACCUGCGUGGUGUUCCCCUCAUGGUAUUCCCAAGGACGUACCACAGACGUGUAGAGGAAACGCCAACCCCUCUCCUCACUCCAGAGAUGUCAUUUACAUCCAGCUUGCUGCAAGCACACGCUGACUUCAUUGCUAGCCUGGAAAAACUACACUUCCCCGAGCUGCCACCAUUUCCAGCUGACUUUUAUGAGGAGCAGGAAUGUUGUAAUGGGUUUUAAAUUUCCUGUGGUUCUGUAUUUCAAUAAAAGCUAAUCUAACACGCA